AUGGUGGUCGGCGGCGCAUGUCCGGGGAUGGUGAUGCCGCAGGUUGGCACCGGCGUGUACAACGCGCACAUCACGUUGCUCGGUGGCUUCGCGGGGGCGCUGAUGCACAACCUCUGGGAGUUUGCGCAGGAAGACCGCGAGCGCAAGUACCGCGGCGACUCCCUGGACCUGCGCUUCGGCCUCCCAUUCGACAAGUGCAUGCUGGGGAUCUUUUUCGCGUGCGCCGCGUUCUACCUCGUCAUGGAGCUGGCCAUCGACUUCGAGUCCGAGCUGGUGCCUGACACGAAGGGCGCCUGGCCCCCGAGCCUGGCGGGGUUUGGGAUCGGGCUGGUGAACCUGGUCAGCCUGGGCGUGGCGGGCGCCAGCAUGGGCAGCAGCAAAGCCCAUGCGCAGGUCAUGCUUCGAGAUGUCUCCCGUGGUGCCUUGAAGCAGGGAGUGCGCGAGCCGGGGCAGCGGGCUCUGAGCGGCGGGGCCAGCGCUAAGAGCGGUGCCUCGGGCAGCGUGGUCUGGUUCAACGGCGCGCUGGAGCGGCACCAGCAGGCGCCGCACUUGUGCGCGAGCGUGCUGGGUGCGUUCCUCUCUCGUGAGAUGGCGGGGAACGCAGGUGCGCAGGGCGUGGAGCAGGAGGGGAUUGCCUUCUUUAGCGGUUUCCCGAUGCUGCUCGGGAGUCGCCUGGGCGGCGGCUGCACGAGCGGCCACGGCAUCGCGGGCAUGCCUCUCCUAUGUAUCCCAUCUGUCGCAGCAGUCUCCUCUGUGUUCGGCGCCGGAAGUCUGACUGCGCUGUGGAUGGACGGACAGCACAAGAUGCAGCUGCAGGCGGAGCGGUGA